UCAGAGGCGGUGAUGGAGUGCGCGAUCAGAGCUAAUCCCGGCGCCAGUGAUAUACAGUUUAUGCUCAACGGAUCCGUUAUCGCAGACAAUGAACAACAAGGUAUUUUUAUAACAAACACAACGCUCACUAUACGACACCUGCAGUCCCAACACAGGGGAAAGUAUAGCUGCGGCGCCCAGAAUCUGGAGGGCCGGGGCGUUAGCAACGAAGUGUGGCUCGAUUUGAGGUACACCCCGAUAUGCCGUAACAGUGCCCUGAAGUCAACGGUGGCGAUGACUGUGAACGAGACCCAAGUGCUCCGGUGCUCAGUGGAGGCCCAGCCCCUAGACGUGUCAUUUUACUGGACAUUCAACAACUACGAGCUCCACUCCGACAACUACACCGCCCGGGGGCUGACCUCUGAACUCCGGUUCCGUACGGCCAGCGCUCAAGACUUUGGUCUCGUGUCGUGUUGGGCCAAAAACGAGGUCGGCCUACAGGCGCAGCCCUGUCUGUUCCACAUCACCACCGCUUUGCCCCCACAGCCGCCCCGGGAUUGCUCGGUGGCCAACCGUACGAUGACAUCACUGACCAUUGAGUGUACGCCCGGCGACAGCGCCGGACUCUCGCAAACAUUUUUCGCCCAACACUUCGGCGCCGAUUCCGGCGUUGAGUCGGACGUGAAAAAUCUUAGCCUAUCGUCGGUGCCGUUGUUUUUCAUCGCCGGCCUCUCCUCUGGCACUGAAUACACUGUUAAUCUGUACGCUAUUAACGCCAAAGGCAUGAGCGCACCCACACUGUCCGGCAAUCAAGAGCUGGACUACGACCCGAUUCUGGCCGUAAUAGUGGGUGCCUUACUGUCGCUCAUCCUAAUUGUGCUCAUUGUUAUC